AUGGCAUACAGCUCAACUGAAGGUGGUUUUAUCCCAUCAUCACCCGCUAAAAAGCAGCCCGCGAAAAACGUUGUUUUUCCGUUGACAUGCCUUGAGUUUUUAAAUACAACCACAAACAAUAAAAAAGAGUUUUUAUAUGAAAAUAACAUCCUCACCAACGUUGUUGUCUGUGGCGAGGUCGUCGAAGCCAAAACUGAAAACGAAAUCGCGAAGUAUCUAAUCGACGAUUCUACUGGAAGGAUAGAGGUCGGUAUUUAUGGCGAAGACGAACCAACAUUCUCAGCGAAACCACUGAUCAACAGAGUCGGAGAUUACAUCAUCACUUCGGGAAAGAUUAAAAAGUUCUCAUCGUCUAACUACGUACACUCACAGAGAACCAUUAAGUCGGAUUUGGAUCAUAUGAUGCUCCAUCUCAUCGAGUGCGCUUAUGCUUUAUGCUAA